AUGAGCCACGCCGACAGUCGGCCACCGCCAGAGUCGGCGGUUGGUCAGCGCCGCGAUGACGAUAUCGACAACAACGAUGCCUACUCUUCCUACACAAUGAGUUCUGCAGACGACGGCAGCGACUCCGACAUCUCUCUUCGACGCCGCCAAAACCAAAAGAAGAAAUACUUGCGUGCCGUUUCCCUCCUCGUCGCCACCAUCGUCUCGCUCUGCGCCGGCUCCAUCUCUGUCUUCUCGCUUUACGGCCCCCGAUUCCAGUCCCGUCUCCGAUACACACAGUUUCAGGUGAAUGGCGUUGCUAUUGCGAGUUCGCUCGCCCUAUACCUACCCAUUUCUAUCAUGGGCUACUUCUGCGACAGAGUCGGCGCUCCCCCCCUCGCCGGCUUCGCUGGAUGUCUGUUUGCUUUCGGCUACGGACUCGCCGCUUGGGUGUAUAACAAGCUCGAUAUUGAAUACAACUUGUUGGGGAAGCCCCCAGCUAGAGGGAACGAGGCUACAUACCCAGUCAUGCUCUUUGCUUUUGUCUGCAUCGGUGCUGGCACCUGCGCCAUGUACAUUGCUGCCGUGUCGACUAGCGCAAAGAACUUUGGAAAGGGUAAAUACAGAGGUCUUGCACUGGCACUACCCAUUACAGGCUUUGGCCUCAGCGGCAUGUGGGUUAGCCAGUUUGCAAGCCGAUUUUUAUACGAAACGCGGCCAGACGGCUCCAGAGGCGAAGUCAAUGUCGCUCGCUUCUUUGUCUUCCUCGGCGUACUUUUAUUCGUUAUGGGCGUCAUUGGAGUCUUCACGCUACGCGUUGUCGACGAGGAUGAUCUUAUAGACGAAGCCAUUGAAGAGCUGGAACAGAGCGGCCUCUUGAACGGCUCUACCAUCUUGGGCCGUGGGGAUGGAGUAGGGUACGGCACUGGCAGCGCACGAGCGUCUCUGACCAGGAACAGCUCGUUCCUUGGAUCCAUCUCCGAGGAUGACCCAAGAUGGAAGAAGAACUGGGUGCUUAAUGCUGAAACCCGCCGCUUCCUCGCAGACCACACCAUGUGGCCCUUUGCUCUCGCCUUUCUGCUCAUGGUUGGGCCUGGCGAAGCAUUUAUCAACAACCUCGGCACUAUUAUCGGCACUCUUUCUCCCCCUUCAGCAGAGGGCUACGGGACAGAGACGUCCUCUGCCACCCAUGUAUCAAUAUUCGGCGUUACUAGCACGCUUUCACGCAUCUUAAUCGGCACUAUUACGGACAUCAUCGCUCCGAGCCCACACACCCAGCACCCACAGCUCUCUAGCAGCCAAGUUCUGCCCCAGCAGCAACGCUUUACUAUUUCACGCGUAUCCUUUAUGCUGUUCUUUGCCGGUCUCAUGUCGUUUGGCUUUGCCUUCCUUGCUGCCGGCGCGGCGCAGAACCAUGCUGACCGCUUCUGGGUUGUGUCUGGGCUUGUCGGCGCUGGCUACGGCGCCAUCUUUAGUCUUGCCCCUCUCAUGGUCACCAUUAUCUGGGGUGUCGAAAACUUUGCAACCAACUUCGGCAUUGUGACGACGCUUCCUGCUCUCGGUUCGACCUUUUGGGGCCUGGUGUACUCUGCCGUGUACCAGGCUGGUGCUAGUCAGUCUGAUGCUGCCAACGGCGGACCUGACGAAGACGACAUCUUUUGCUACGGAAAGAAAUGCUACUCGAGCACCUUCUGGGGCGAAACAAUCACCGUCUGGAUUGCAUGUGCCCUGCUACUUUUUGCAUGGCGAGGCAAGGGUGGGUGGAAGCAGCGCGGCGUUGUGAUUUAG